GAGCGUCAGAGCUUCAGAACUUCAAUCGUUGAUCCAAGCUUCUGCACUUGUGCAACAACUCACCCGAUACCCUUUUCUGCGCUGCGAGUUGUCUUCUGUUACACCAAACAUCUUCAAAUCACGUCAACCAUAUCUACAUCGCACAGUUGAAACACAAUCCGCACAAGAGUUGCGUCCAGUCACCGUCCUCGCACCUCCGCUUUCACCGCAAACGCACCCUCGCCACCCAUCUUCCGACUUCAGUCUCCCGCCAGCAUGGCGACCAUAACGCCGCAAAACCCCAACGCCAUAAUCGUAUCCGACAUCCCCCCUCCCGCACCCUUGCCCUCCCAACCCUUCACCAACGGCCCCCGCCUCGGCAUGCCCUUUGACAGGCGCCUGCUCCUCACAACCUUCACCUCCUUCGUGUGCGGCUUCACGCUCGGAUCCGCAUCCGCCGGCUCCAUGGCCGCGCUACGUUUCCGCGCCGAAAACGCACACCGCCUGCCCGUCUCACAACCCGGGUGGUACUUGUACCACAAGAGCAAGAACUACUACAAGACGAAAGAAGGCGUGCUCGAAGGGGUGAGGAAAGGCGCAAAAGUGGCAGCUUGGAGCAGCGUCUUCUUCAUAGUGGAGGAGAGUCUGGAUGUUUUUCGCGGGACGUGGAAGGCGGGCAGGACGGUGGAGCAGAUGGAGGGUGUCGAUGAGCUGAGCUUGAAGAGGAUCGACAGGGGAGUUGCUGGGAGUCGCGAUUUUGUGAGCAGUGCGUUAGCGGGAAUGGUCACGGGCGGUGUAUGGAGCGCGUGGCAUCAGUUCCCAGUCAGUACGGCGGCGAGGACGAUCAGGAUGGGAUUGGUGGUUGGGUUGGGGUAUGGGUUGGGGCAGGACGCGCUUGUGUGGGCGAAGAAUAAGUACGGGGAUGGGGAGGAGGGGGAAAGCUGGAUCUACAAGGGGGCGAGGAAUAGGCGGAAGGUGGACGACGAAGACGCUGGGAUUGAUCAGAAAUCGUAG